AUGCACACCAUAUAUUAUGGGGAAGCACGGACAUCAACACAAGAGAGCCCUAGAGAGACAAACUGGAGAGGAUACUUAUUGUCACUCAACGAGGCUCUCGAAGGAGAGGUGAUUGAAAUAGAGAACGAUGAAAGCCUUGAAAGGGCAGUGAAAAAAGUAAGCAAGGCAAUAAUUGCAGCUUACGAGGCGAACUGUCCAGAUAAAACAAGGCAACAGUUUAACAAAACAGUCUGGUGGAACAAACACUUAGAAAUCCUCAGAAGGGAAGUGCGGAGGCUAUUUAACAAAGCUAAAAUAAACCAAGACUGGGCGGAAUACAAGGCUACACUCACACAGUAUGAUAAAGAAAUUAGAAAGGCUAAGAGGCAAUCGUGGAGGAAAUUUUGUGAAGAGGUAAUGGAUACCUCCACUUGUUCGAGAACCCACAAAGUGCUAGCUGAGGAGGGUACUAUAAACCAGGUAGGGUUCCUAAAAAGGGAUGAUGAUAUCUACACAACAACAUUUGGGGAAAGCAUAGAAAUGCUCAUCAAGGCACACUUUCCUGCCACAACAAUUCUAAAAGGCCCAGUGGCAGUACACUGUCCGCGAAGCAAGUCGAAUAGGCAGAAUGCCUCGAACUGGAAACUAGUUACUGAGAUAACAAGGCCAAAUAAAAUUAGGUGGGCUAUAAGUAAAUUCCAGCCAUAUAAAUCUCCAGGAGAUUUCAGAAGGGGCAGGAAUCACUGA